AUGAGCUCGGUCCACGGCGCAGAUGAGUUCCCAGAGGACUGCCUCCCACCCGAGAGAGACUACCCCUCCCGCGAUGCCCUGUUCGCGUCCAUCAACGCUUGGGCUGCCCCGCGAGGCUACGCCUUCACCACCGGAAGGUCGACAAAGGAAAAGUCGGGCAAGCAAACGGUGACGUUUUCCUGCGAUCGUGCCGUCCGUCCGUCGAGGCCUGCCGACGACCCUCAGCGGCGGCGGCGGCGGCGUACCACCACGCGAGGCACCGGCUGUCACUUCUCCGUUCUUGCCAAGGAGAGCCUGGAUCGCACUCGAUGGUCCCUCAAACACCGUCCGGGCACGCAGUCCUCGACGCACAAUCACGCGCCGAGCCGGUCCACGGCGGCGCAUCCGGUGCAUCGAGCCCUGUCCUCGAAGGAUCAGGUCGUCAUCGACACCCUCACCAACGUUGGCCUGAAGCCGAAGGAGAUCACGGCCUACCUGCGGCAAAACUCGACGUCGGCCGCCUCGCGGCAAGACAUAUACAACUGCAUCGCGAAGAGCAGACGAAAAGCAAUCGAAAGGGCGUCACGCGAGGCAGACCAUCCACCGAGCACCGACACUCUCGAGCGGGAAGCUGGCGUGCCCGAGAUAAACGCGUUCGUCCCUGCCGGCGAUCAAGAAAUGGAGCAAACGACAUGA